AUGAAAAGACUCUUCAGGCGUCACAGGAACUCCGAUCUGGGGCCUUCCAGGCCCCGUCAGCAAGAGUCGUCACAGCAACUGCCUCAACAACUGACGACUCCCAGAUCUCUAGAUCACCUUGACCUCCUGUCCAUGGUUGCCCGUCGAGAUGAAAUUGAACAAACAAUUCAAGAUGAUCUGGAGUCUGUGGAAUCUGCCCCCUUAUCAGAUACAAAUACGUUGUACUACUCGAACCAAGAACGGCUACAACUUCAGGAAACAUAUAAUCAAAAUUUCACAAUGUAUCUACCAUAUCUUAUCCGACAAUUGAGACUAAACUCGAGUGAUAAUAACCCCAAUUAUUCCAUGUACCAUCAUGCUGAGCUCACUUCAAGUCAAGAAACAGUCGCCUCCACCGCUAAUAAAUAUUCCAUAAUGGGCAAGCUCGCCAUAAAUUAUAAUCAUAAACGUCGGAUGAUCUUAGUUCAUGAAUUAUUCAAAAAUAGUACCCUUUUAUUUCUCAAUGAAGAAUCUUUUUCUUUAUUCAAAGAUCUCCGGGCCCAACACAAGGAUAAACUAACUAUAGUCCCGGAAAAAUAUCGCUCCAAGGGCCUAGGAAUGCCAUUCCUAAGAAUGGAUAGUCACUCUUAUUUAAAAGUCGGUGAAGAUAAUGCAGAUAUAACAUUCCAAAGAUUCUACGAAAAUGUCAAGAAGCCCAAGAUUGAAACUUCUUCUCCGCCUCCAAUAUCGUAUCGUUAUUGUAACGUUCAAAUAAAAAGUUUCACUUCAAUCAAAAGAUUGACUUUUAUUUUCUAUCCAGAAGGUAAACCUUCAUUCAAAGUGAUUCUAUUCCAACAUAACUUUAAGCCAAUCGCCGACUUUUGCUACAAGGACACACGCUUCCGGAUCUUUGGGAACUCUCUUAUUAGCUUUGGAGUGGUACCUAACUUUAAAUUAUUGAUCAUUGAUAAGGAUAAACCUUCGCUUUGUGAUAAUGUUUAUGAUCGUCCUUUCUUCAAAAUCCUGUCCAUUGUCAAGAAAAGACGUCUGUCUCUGGUCCUGUUGGAUGGCAAUUCUGGUAAUAUGCCCGAGGUGGACAUCACAAAGAUGGCAAACCCUUAUCCAAACGCCGAUAACCCCCUUCUUAAGUUUGACCAGAGUCAAUACAUAAGCCGCAACAAGUCAUAUGUUUCCAAUGAUUUACCCCCUUUUGGUAAUGUUCAAGACGCCCAUUCAUAUCUUAAAGAAACUUCAGUUAUUCCUAAACGGUAUCGAGAGCAGGCCCGACUCGAAACGUAUCUGGAUCUCCUGUCGAUGUCACAGGGUAUAGAUACCAAAUCCACAAACUCUCUCGAUAUCGACACCUUGGUGUUGGCCUGCAUCAACAUGACCAUCAGGGAGAUUGUCUCAAAACGUAACUCAAAGGUAACAUCAAACCUUGAGUUAGUUAAUAGAUAUAAUUAUAUGGGUGGAAGCAUCUACGCUAAUAGCGGUGGUGGAGGCAUUUUGGGAUCAAUGUGA